GCACCUUUAAAAUGUUGUUACCAGUUGCUUGCCAACAUCAUUUACAUUCGCAGUAAUGAAGCAUUCGCUGUUGCUUAUUGUGGUUUCUGUAGUUUUCGUUCUUGGCACCAACCGCACGGAAACAAAGGAAUUCUUAGACUUUAAUGAUCCAGAUGACAACAAUUUCAUAAUAAAACAUCUCUUUGUGAAAAUCAACACCAUCCUGGAAAGAUUAGAUGAGGAGGGCACAAAGACAAAACGGCUGCAGGAAGACUUGAGACAAUCCAAUAUGAGACUUGAAGCACUUACCAAACAGCAAGAAAAACACUUUUCAAACCUUCAGAAUAGAGAAUGGAAAACUAUACUUCGACGCCAAGAUGGUUCAGUGGAUUUCAAUAGAAAUUGGACCGAAUAUAAAUUUGGUUUUGGUAAUCGGAAUGGGGAAUUAUUCAUUGGUCUUGAAGAAUUGCAUGUCUUAACCACCUAUGGCCCACCCCAAGAGCUUCUUGUGAUGUUGCGAAGUUUUGAAAAUGAAACACGAUAUGCCAAAUACGAUCGCUUUCGGGUGGGCAAUGAGACCGAGAAAUAUGCUAUAAUCGAAUUGGGCACAUACAGCGGCGAUGCAGGUAAUUCACUUGAACAACAUAAGGGUAUGAAAUUUUCAACUCCUGAUCAGGAUAAUGAUAUCUAUGAUUCGUUAAAUUGUGCUAAAGAUUGGGCGAGUGGUUGGUGGUUUCGCAAAUGCUAUUUUUGUAAUUUAGCUGGAGUCUAUAGAUCCAAAUCGAAAAGUCGGGGCGUUGAUUGGACUGAUUGGAAAAGAGACAACUUUAGCUUAAUGUUUGCCGAAAUGAGAUUAAGAUCAAAAAUAUCAUUAAUAAAUUCAUGAUUUUCACAAUGACCAUAAGAAAAA